AUGACUGACGAGAUACCCUUUGAUAAACCGAUCCGCGAUAUCGCAUCUUAUGUACACAAUUACACAAUUCCUUCAUCUCCAACAUCCUUUAAGCACGCGCGUGGCGUGAUUCUCGAUUCACUUGGUUGCGCAAUAGAAACAUUGCAUAGAUCUUCAGAAGCAUGUACAUUACUUGGUCCCGUCAUUCCCGGAACAACUUUUCCGUAUGGCUUUCAUCUUCCAGGAACAUCAUACGUUCUGGAUCCAGUGAAGGGAACAUUUGAUCUUGGAGUUUUGAUUAGAUACCUGGAUCAUAAUGACGCUUUUGGCGGAGCGGAAUGGGGCCAUCCAUCAGAUACACUGUCUGCCAUUAUUGCGGUAAUGGAUUGGUUAUGUCGAGCUGAGCAGAGAAGCUCAACCACUUCCAUAAGAUACCCGCCGUUGACAAUCAAAACAUUACUAGAAGCAGCGAUAAAAGCCUACGAAAUCCAAGGAUGUUAUCAACUCCAGAAUGCCUUCAAUGCAUAUGGUAUUGACCACGUGAUCCUGGUCAAACUUGCAGCUGCGUCUGUAUGUUCAUGGCUGAUGGGCAUGACUGAAACACAAACGAUAUCGGGAGCCAACACUACUUCGCGCAAGGGCUGGGCAGCUGCUGAUGCCGCGAUGAGAGCUGUUCAUCUCUGCUUGCUUACGCAUGCUGGUCAAUUGGGAUCUAAACAGCCAUUGAAUGAUAAGCGUUACGGGUUCUUGGUGCAUACAUUUGGUCUCGAGGCUGGAUUCGCGUUACCCAGGGCUUUUGGUGACUGGGCAAUUCAGAAUAUCUUUACCAAGCUAAUGCCUUGCGAAGGACACGGGAUAUCGGCUGUCGAAGCGGCACUAGUACAAGGCCGGAAACUCAAAUCUUGCGGUCAUACAGUGAGCGAUAUAAAGCACAUUGAUCUACGUGUCACGGCUGCCGCGAACCUAAUAAUUAGCAAAAUAGGUCGAUUAUACAACGCAGCUGAUCGGGACCAUUGCAUUCAAUAUGUGAUUGCGCUGGCAUUCUUGAAAGGCCGCUUUCCAGAUGCAGAAGAUUAUAUGGAUGACAGCCCGUAUGCAAAUAGCAAGGAGAUGGAUGACUUACGGGAAAAAAUUAUGAUGAAGGUGGAUCAAGACCUAACACAGGGAUAUCUUGAUCCGGAGAGGAAAAGUUGCGGAACUGGAAUGACGGUUUAUUUGAACAAUGGAACUGUACUAGACGAGGUUCUGGUUGAAUAUCCGGCUGGACAUUUGAAGAAUCCGAGGACGAAGGAACUACACCAGAGGAAAUUCGAGAAAAACAUGAGGUUGGCAUUUACCGAUGCCGAAAUUGCAAAUAUUGUGAAGUGUAUUGAGGAUGAUGAGAUGCCUAUUUCGUCAUUUGUGGAUUUGUUUACGAGGGAUUCAAAGGGAAUGGCAAAACUAUGAUAUUGAUACAUGUCAGAUUAGGGUUUAUCCUCAUAGGUACCUACCUAACCUCCAUGAACAAUGAAUGUAUAAAAGCACUAUAUCUAC